AUGACAACGGAUACUUUGACAAACUCUCUGGGCAAACCAGGCAAAUUUCAAGUCUUACUCUGGUUAUAUCUCUCUGCCAUCUGGAUUUAUACAAGCUGGAACUACCUCGCACUUGCAUUUAUAGGAGCGAAAACUAAACAUCAUUGCACAGUGGCAAACAGCACAGAUGUCAGCCGAAUUGUACCAAUGGAAACAAAGAAUGGGAAGUCGGAAUGGGAUGGAUGUCACCUGUUUGAUGGUUAUAAUACUUCCAAAAAAAUACCAUGCCCAAAUGGAUGGACUUAUGACCUCCCUGAGGGAGAAUCGACUAUAAUAUCCGAGGUAAAAACUUCUCAAACCUUUUUCCGGUAGUUUAGUCUUGUUCAGUUUGGCCUCCAUGGUUGCAGACUAGCGACACUUAUGUAACUCCAUAGUUUAACUCCAAAUUCAAAAUAUGUUCUUCUCAUACAUCAUUAGAUAUUCAUACCGGGUGGCCCAAAAAAAAGUACUCCUGUUUGAUUCGUAAUAACUUCUAAACAAGUAAAGUUUUUAAAGAGAAAUAACUUGCAUUAAAUAGAGGAAGGACUAACUUAGAUUUUGAUAUAUUACAGUUGUAUUUAACUUAAAAAUUCACGGAGAUAUUAAUGUUAAAAAUGGGGAGCAUAUUUUGGAAUGUGUCUAAAAUUAGCGAAAAUCGGCAUAUCAAAUAUUAACUCCAGCGUUUGUUUGCUUAAUGACAUAUUAGGCUAACUUGUAUUUCAGCGAAUUAUCGUUAAGGUUUGUAAGGGAUAUGGCGUAGAUUUAGACAUCUCACAUGUAAGUCUUAGCUCAUUGUUUCCUGAAAUAUGAACGUUCGAAAUUAUGCAAGUAUUUAAUAUUAGGUCUUUGCAAACUUAAAUGUACAUGAAAGACUGACCAUGGAAGGCAGGCGCUUAAAUUUUUCGUAUUCUUAAAUAGCCUAAUUUUUUUAUGUUUUUAAUGGGUUCAAACAGACUGAGUAGAUUAUUUCUCGGUUAGAGCAGGAUGAAUAUUCUUUAUUGGAGGAAAUAAUAUUGCUUUUUGCAAAUACACAUCACCGUAUCAACGCUACUAUUUUGUUACGUUUUGUUCCAAAAAUGUUGCAUGUCUCUGGGGAGUUGCUUAAUUGUUAUGUCUUAUGGAGUUGUAUGGUUUGAUUGUGUUUCAUAUAAUUCUCAGUUUACUCCAUGAACUUGCCAAGAUUAAGAAACGGCAAAAGAGUUUGGGUGUUCUUAACAAGAUUUCAGAACGUUGCAGAAGUUAGAAGAGCUUCACAAUUCCGUUGUGACAGCAUGCCCUAAUUCAGAACUACGAACGAUCCAAUGACGAUCCUUCGCGAUGCAGUGGUCUCAUGAAAUAAGGAAACGUAUUCGUGCUAGGAACACACGCGAAUUUCGGACGAAUGAAUCUUGCUUGUAUUUUGUGGAUAUAAUAAUACUUUGUUUCAUAAUAAACAAUUUGUCAAGUGUCAUUUAUUUACUGGUAAUAGUGCAUGUUUCAGUCGGGCAAAUCUUGAUUAAUAUUUGAUACGCCGAUUUUUGCAUAUUUCAGACACAUCCAGAUAUAUCCUCCCGAAUUUAAAGAUUAAUAUCUCCGUGAAUUUUUAAGUGAAAUACAACUGUAAUAUAUCAAAGUCUAAGUUAGUCCUUCCUCUAUUUGAUGCAAGUUAUUUCUCUUUAAAAGCUAUACUUGUUUAGAUGUUAUUACGAAUCAAACAGGAGUACUUUACUUUUUUUUGGGCCACCCGGUAGCAUUUCGGCCAAUGACAUGGUUUAAUUUACAUCACGUGUAUCUAUCUGGAUACCCCGUCUAGACCAGGACUUUAAUUACUUCAAGUGGGAAGGGCUUUGAACAAUAGGGAAAUUGAGGCGUAAACAAAAGAUAAUGCAAAUAUAUUUAAUUGCUAUGUUUAGAAUUAUUUCUAAAUACAGUAAGUUGUAUUUAGAAAUUUAUUCUAACUACACUUUACGGCCAACACUUUUCCUAAACGUUUGAAACUACAUAAAUAUAGGAAAACCAACUUUUUUACCAACUAUCAUAAUAACCAGCGCUUUAAACACUAUAAUACAGCAACUUACCAGUAAUGUUUACCGUCUAUAAAAUAUAUAUUCACUUCGGCUCUUUCAUUUUCCACCAGAUAGCGCGUUAUCGCACACACAAUCUGAUAUAUCGUUUUUCGGAUCCCCAACACUUGUCAGCCGAGCGACAAUACUGUGCACAAUGCUGUGCUCAACACUUUCUGGUUCUCGAAACCGCUUUUUCUUAUAUUAUAAGAAGAUACCAUGCUCUUUUGCCAACAAAAUUCAUCUAUUCACGACGAAAGCGAACUGAAUGCUUCGUUGCACUUCAUGCAAACUUUCACGCGAAUGUAAUCGUUAAUGCCCACGCUCACUUUUUUGAAUAUCUAAUAAUUUCAUGCCUCAUUGCUAUGAAAGUCUAAUGAUGUGUGAGAAGCAAUUUCAAAUCCUCGUUAGUGUUUUAAACUUGGCUUCCAAAUCCCCAGUGCCAUGAACAAUGGCUCGGCUGCGCCUCGCCAUUGUUCAUGGCACUUGUAUUUAGAAACCACGUCUAAAACACUAACUCGGAUUUGAAAUAUUACGUAGAAUAGAAAAAAGUUACUGUGCAUGCUUUAGAAUUAUCUACAUGCAUGAGUGAACAACUCUUACACAUAAUUCUAAUGCUUAGUUACCUUUUUCUAUUCUAUAUGCUUCUAUAAACUAGAACAAUAGUAACUAUAGGCAUGUGUGUUAUCUAAAGUUGUGAAAUGGGUGGCAACGUUGUAAACAACGUUAGCCAAAUUUGUCUAUUAAUUAAUCAAACUGUAAUAUUUGUAUGUUUGACUUUCACUCUUCUCACCGAAUUUCACUCUGUCUUGACUCGAAUUUUGCGUUAAGACAAUACAUGUAGGCCCGGUUUAGACGCCGUGCUUUUCAUGAGCCGAACUUAAUUCAUAUUUUACUCGAGUAAAAUAGGCGUACUUCCAAUUUUGAUUUAGACAGGCGUGCUUUUCAUGAGCCGUACUUAAUAAUUUGCGCUGCUUCACUUCGAAACCUGGGGCGAGUGACAUUUCAUAAUAAGAAAAAAGGGUUUAUCACGUACAAUUUUGGCAUUUCUGAGCGUCUACAGGUUUGCGGUUAUUAAAAAUUUCAACUGCUUUUUGAAAAGCCUCAUUACUACAAACAUAGCAUAAUGCCUGGAUAUAAUGUGUGGGAAAACGAAACCUAUAGGCUUUGGGCGAGUUUUUCCACGUUAUUCGAGUUUUCCCAAACUACAACAAGUGUUUCUAUAACUGUAUGGGUCACACAUAAUAAAUGUUUUAUAUUUAUUUCAUAAUAUAACUAAAAAAAGAUUUGUAGUAGACUCGAUAUAUUUACAAAUUCUCAUUGCGUAAUAAUGCCGACCUUUGCUCCAUCAAUUUACUGCAAGAAACCCUUUUUGCCUUUAUCAGCAAAUAUCGCUAUAACUAGCCUAAUUUCGCAACUUUUAUGCAAAGAAUCUAACGAAAGGUGUAUCCUUUGCUACAAAUUGACGUAUAUAAAGAAAAGGGAAAUUCUACCGCGAUAUUUACCGAUAAAGCGGUAUGAAAUCACUACAGAAAAAAUAGAACAAAUUACAGAAAUACAAAACAAGCUGCGGAAGUGGGAAGGUUUUUGUAUUUUGACUGUAACAGUGUCUUAAUUUGCAUUAAAAUUGUUUUGUUUACGAUUGUAAGUUUAGGCGGGAAAUUUCCCGUGUAGAAACACGCUUCUCGACCAAUCAACGCACGCGUACUAUAAAUGUUCUAUUUUAUCAUAAUUUAUGCAUUUGGUACGGCUCAUGUAAAGCACGGCAGUAUAAAUCAACAUGUGCUUCAGCCGUGUAGCACGCCUGAACCAGGCGAACUUAUUAAUUUAGCCGUGCUUAAUAUUAAGUGCAGUGCUUAAUUGAUUUAGACGCCGUGCUUCUCAUGUGCUUAAUUCAUUGUAUUAAGUUCGGCUCAUGAAAAGCACGGCGUCUAAACCGGCCCUUAAUAAGUUUGCAUAUUUCAAAGGCCAACAACUAGAAGUGGGGUCCACCGGGGCAUCGCCCGAUGUGCUAAUCCAGCCCGGUGUGGAGGCUGUGAAGCUAGCUAUCUGAACGUCGGAUUACUGGUUAGCAAUUCCAAAGGCCCUGACUACCUCCACAUAAAUAAAAUCUACAGGCAUGCUGGAGCCCCACGUUUGAGAAUGGCGCCUAAUCUUUAAAUAGCAUUACUCCAUUUUUCUUCCAUUUAGUGGGAUCUUGUCUGUGAUAAUGCUUACAGAGCCCACCUAUCCACAACCAUGUAUUUUGUUGGAGUAACGUUUGGGAGUCUGGUGUUCGGAUCAUUAUCAGAUAAAUUUGGAAGACAACUUGUGUUUCGGUUUGCAAUAUUUUCUCCGUUUGUUCUUGGCUUGUUUUUGUUCUUUGUAAAGAACUAUAUCGCCUUUGUUGUCUUUCGUUUCUUUCUUGGAGUCGUUCUUCAGGUUAGUUGAAGUUCUUAGCCUAUAUGGACUUGAUUCAUAUGCAAGAGAUGGAUCAUCUCUGGCAUAUAAAUCAAACUAGCACUUAACAAAUAUAAAACAUUUCCUGUGUUGAUAUACAGUUAUAUCAACACAAGUAGAUUUGGGAAAACGAGAAAUUGUGUGGAAACACGACUCCCGGAGGGCUGAGUGUUUUCAUACAAUUUCGAGUUUUCCCAAUUUCCACGAGUGUUGAUAAAAUCUAAAUUAUAAUGUGGUACAUUAUAGACUAUUUUUAAUCUACGUUUAUGAACAUUAAUUUAAAACUAUGUCACAUCUUAACUGCGUUACAUCUUUAAUAAUUCUUAGAAAAUUACAGUAAGUUAUCCUAUUGACACUUAGAUUUACUAUUGGAAUCAGUAGUAUUCUCACGAUCAGAAAUUGUGGCCAGAAAUUGAGAGCUAAGAUUCUCUACUGUUAUAGCUCUAAAUGUUAUUUACUCGAUUUAUUUCCCUUAAUUCCAGGGCCUACAAAUUGUCUCCUUUACCAUGCUGGUAGAGAUAUUUGCCACUCGGUACAGAACAUUUACCUCUAUUGGUCUGGAAUACCUUUGGGCUAUUGGAAUCAUGACAUUUUCACUGCUCUCGUACUUGAUCAAAGAUUGGCAUUACAUUCAGUUGAUGGCCACGGCAGCUUUCCUGUUUCAAAUUGUGCUUGUCUGGUAGGUUAGCGUGUGCAAUUCAGUCGUAAAUUGGUGGUUUCAAUAGAGAGGUUCAGAUUUGACUUCCACUAACCCUCACAGGUUUAAUGCGGAUUUGAUUGGUUAAUUGCGUAGAUUCAACGCAUCUGAUUGGUUAAUGGUAUAGCAGUAGUGGAAGUCAAAAUCUGAACCUCUCUAAUAAGCGUUACGGUAUACAGCAGAUAUAAGGGUAAACUUCAGAAACGUUCAUAUUUGUAAGUCAAAGUACAUGACGGAUACAAGACUACUACUACAAAUAAUAGAAAGAAUGAACAUCAUCUUAUCACUCUGACAACUGCUGGUUGACCACCAAAGUAUCUUCGUCUUGUUCGGCAUUAUACCAUCCCUCAAGUAAGGAACGACGAUGCGACCUUAGAUCACCCUGCAUGAAGACACUAGACUUCUAAGCCUGGAGUAUCGAAACGUUGGGUUGAGGACAUGAUUUAUUCAGGGUAACAUUUUUUUUACUGAAACCUUAAAUUUCAAUUACACAUUUCCUAUAGGUUCUUGCCUGAAUCCAUUCGUUGGCUUCUGAUCAAUAACCGUUUUGACCAGGCAGAGAAAGUUGCUAAAAACAUCAGUUCUUUCAACAAGAUUCCUUUCCCGCAAGAGAUAUUUAAUAAAACAGUUAAUGAGAUUGGAGAUUCUCAAAAGACGGCAAACAAGUCUGAUAUCAAGAGUUAUACAAUUGCUGAUAUUUUCAGAUCAAGUGUGUUGAGAAAACGAUCUUUGAUCAUGAUGGUGGUUUGGUAAGUAUGCCCUAAUAUUUGCAGAAAGUCUAGAUUGGUUAGGUAGAUCAGAUUAAUGUUUAUCAUAUAGUUAGAGAAUCACACUCACUGUCCUGGCAUCUCCUCAACGGAGGUCAGAUUUCUUUGUCGAUCCAUACUGUAACUGAAUCUUUCCCGAUGUUCCCUCUUUAAAAAAUCUGCCACGCGGUCGUUUACCAUUUUCCUUCAGUUGCUUUUCCAUUGAGCGAUAGAUGGUGGUUUUCUACUGGCAUGGUCCUUACUGAACCGCUACGGUAAACAGUUUAGAACCGAUACGGUCCAAGAGCUAUCCAAUAUAAAUAUAAUGACAAUUGUACGUCUAGAUCUACUUUACAUAACAAUUUCGUAAUCUUUCAGGUUUUCGACAUCUCUGGGUUACGACGGAUUGACAUUGAAUAUCUCAAGUAAACCUCUUCAUCAGUGGAGCACUGGAGAUUAUCAUCAUUACUAUAACCAUGUUUGUCGUAAAUAGGUGCGUUGUGUGGUAUAUUGAAGACCUAUUCGCGUAGCAAAAUGAAAAGUGCGUCGCAACGGUCUACUUGUACUACGGAAGUAUUAACGAAUCAACAUUCACUAAAUUUUGAAUUUUUCAUACGUUGCGGUAAGGUACGCUUGGAGUGGAAAACGGCCUUUAUAAUGGUGUACACAUCCUACAAGACGACGAAAAAGAUGGGUUCUACUAAGUCUCCACCAUUGAAGUUUUUUUCUUUCACUACAGAUAUACAAAUGAGCAAUAAUUAGAGAGAGAAAAGAACGAGCUUUAAUUUAAAACAAUACUAAAAUCACUUUAUACGGAUUAUUAUUUUGAAAUUAUCAAGAAUAACAGGCGGAUUCUGUUUCUUGAUACACCCUAUAUAGCUUGCUAUUGAAAGUAAUAGUUAAAUAUUUUCUUUUUCUAGGUUUGGACGACGUAGGCCAUUAUUUGUUUAUUGUCUUGUCGGUGGAACAGUUCUUAUUAUAGCAGGAGCAUUGCCAAAGUCGAACCGUAAGAGGCUUUCUUCACUUGACACAUUACAUUUUAUUUCUUCUUUAAGCGAGUUCGCAAUCUUGUUUUCUAUCCUUUUCUGUCCUUUGUUAUUUCCACGAUCAAUUUCUUGAUAUUUUGAUCUUGAUAUUUAGAUUCUGUCCUUUGUUAUACUCUCACGUGCAAUUGACCAAUCACAUGCAAGUCUUUUUAAAAUAGGGUCACGUGCCUGUCCGAUAUUUAAGAAAUGGAAAAACAUUUUCCGUGUUUCUAUACAAGCUAAGAGCGAGAAAGAGAGGAAUCCAGUCAUUUGCGAAUCCAAAUAAAACUAAUACCUGCAUGUACCCGUUGUUCUUAUACCACUGCAAUUAUUCAUCAUUUUUAUAUACCUUAUAGAAGAUGUCCAAACCCUUGUGACAGUCUUGGUGAUAGGAGGAAGAAUGUUCAUGACUGGAAGUUUUGGAACUAUUUACAUCUAUACUUCUGAACUUUAUCCGACUGUGAUACGGUAUGUAUUAAACGACAAUGGCGACAAAAGAUUUUAUUGUCUAAGUUGAAAGAACUUUAAAAUUAUCUAUAAUAUCUUGUCACAGAUUUUUCAUAUCUGGCUUGUCAUCUUGGAUUAUUGAGGAUAUACAUAUUACGCCACAAGUGGGGUCACGAUAUCAAACCGAAACUCGUUUUUGGUUGCUAUUUCAAAUUUCGAAUAGGAAAAAGCCAUUUUAAACAACUUUUGAUUGUUACUCAGUAACUUAGAAGUAAUUUUAUAAGGCUAGCCCCACUCAAAACGAUAGUUAAUGAGGUUACGAAUUAUCCAAGAUGGCGGACAGCUCAUUGCUUUCAGUCAAAAUAUUUGAAUGAUAUGAAAAAUCUGUACCACGAUUUUAUAGAUAAUCUUAAACGUUCCUUCAAUUGAGACAAUAUUUUUUGCCAUUGUCCUUUAAAUAAAUAAUCACCCUAAUUAUCACUCUCGGUUUUAGAUAGCAAGAUUUGAUCUAUAUUCUAUACAAUUAUUUAUUGUAGGAACGUAGGUCUUGGAGCCGGGGUAUUCUGGGCAAGAAUUGGCGGCAUUGCAGCACCACAGAUUUUGUUACUGGUAUGUAACUAAGUUUGGAGCGGCAUGAAUGUAAAUUAAGUGUCCCAUAGCUACAGAAAUGGUCAAUCUUUACUUGCUUCUUUUUUCCAUUCACUCCAUUCAUUCGUUCAUUCAUUCACAUCAAUUCGAUCCAAAUGAAUACUAUUGUUCUUGAUAACAUCUUGACAUGCAUUAUUAUAGGUGGCACAAUAGUGCGUCGGCUCAUACUAUACAUAGCCAUAUAGGGAGCUAGGUGUAUAAGAUAUUUCAUACAAUAUUUUAUAAGAAUAUUGAACCAGAUUAAGCUAGAUAUGCAAACUAUAAGAAACAACAAUCAUCACAACAAGAAUAUGUCCCGUAAAUUACUUUUAAAGUUACAAUUUAACCAUGCAUCACCAUAUCUACACUAUAGUGGUAAUUUAUGAUUUUUUGUGCUUCAAUUUUGCAAAUAAUUACCACUUAAAUAUUCUGAGAAUCCUUUUUUAAACUCUUAAUACAGUGCAGAGCACGUACAUCGUCUGUAAUCCAUAAUGAUAGACAACAACGGCCUAUAAAUAAGCGUUUUGUUAUAUUCUUACAUACCCUGUAGUUGCAUAUGUUGCUUCACAAAACACAACUUUAAGUACCACAAAUAUGAUUUUUGGUUCGGGAGAUAUUUGGGUCAUUCUGAGAAGAAAUGUAAUAUAUCUUUAUAGUGAGAAAGCUCACCUUGAUCAACCUUUUCACUGCAGAUGAUACCGGAUAUGACGUCAUUAGACGAACAAUAAUUGGUUAUUUGCUGUUAAAAUGAAUUUAAUGAGUUCAUAACCGGCACCUUAGACAAUGAAAACGCUGAUUUAGAUGAGGAUUUUUGCUAAUAAACGUAUACUAUAUUUCUCAGAAUGACCCAAUUACUAUCAUAUAUACUGUAUAUAACCAUCAUAUUGGGGUUAUACUAUAGUGGUAAUUUAAAAAUCUUUUUCUAGGGAAUCUACACCUCUCAGGCGGUGAUUUUAUUUUUAUUUGGUGGACUGCUUCUGCUGUCCGGUGCACUUGCUCUAUUAUUACCAGAAACUUUAAAUCUGAAACUUCCUGAAACACUGGAGGAUGCAAAAAAAAUUAAAUUUAUGUCAUUCCAAGGACACGGGAAUUCGGGCCUUCUAGCACUUGAACCUGUCUUAUGA